AUGGCAGCCGUUCUUCCAGUGAUCCUUAUUGGAGCUCCCAUUGGCUACUUUACUUGGACUGCAGUGUAUAAUGGCGUUGAUCGUCAAGUAGCAAAACUUUACCCAAACUCAUCAGAUGCAGACGUCUUACCUGCUGCACCCAUGUGGGCCGCCACUACGGGAUCGUUGGUCUCUUUUGGUGUGCUUGCCAAAGCUUCUUUUCCACCACCUACACGGCAUCGUCUUUUCUUUGCAAAAGCACCUCCCAAUGCCAAUAUUCGUAUUGAAACUCUGAAAAUGGCCACCGAACUUUUAAUACGCUCCGGUAUCGUUUUUUACGGUGCAGCAGCUGGCGGUGCCUUGGCAGGACGAGUAGCAGCUGGUAACGGAAAAUAA